AUGUCUGCGCACCAGAAAGCCAUCCCAGUGGGAAAGGAAGGCGAGACCAAAGGUGACACACGCUCCACGCCGCCGCCGCCGCCCAACCAGCCCGAGCAAAAGGGCGCCGGCCCGUCCACUGAGAAGCCUCAUGAUAGAUCAUCAGCCGGCUUGGCUUGUGACCACACCGCGGCGGGCGACUCGGAACUCCGGACGAUGCUGGAAGAAAAUGCUCUCCAAGCCCUGACCGGGGAGUCGGUUUUAAAAAGACCCAGGCUUGUCUACUAUGAAGAGGUAGGUGACACUGACCUUAUGUCACUCACCUUCCCGAAAAAACUCUGGAAGAUCGUUGAGAGCGAUCAGUUUGCGUCCAUCCAGUGGGACGAUGGUGGAAACUGUGUAGUUAUAGAUGAGGAGUCCUUUAAGAAGGAGGUGCUGGAGCGGCGCGGCCCCGCCAGGAUUUUUGAAACUGACUGCAUGAAAAGUUUCAUUCGGCAGCUGAAUCUAUAUGGUUUUAGCAAAAUCCGCCAGGAUUUCCAGCGAUCUGCCUCUCUUUCUGAAUUCAUUGCUGAAGAAAAAGGAGCAGUUUCAAUGACCAAGUUUCAGUUUUACCAUAACCUGAAUUUCAGAAGAGAUUACCCUCAUCUGCUGCCCAGAAUGAAGCGAAGAGUUGGGAUUAAAAGUGCAGUUCCUAAUCUUAACUGCACAGAAGGUGAUUCCGGCCGUGAGACCCCUGCCAGUGGGGGAGCAACAGGUGGCACGAGGCAGCUCAUACAGACACUAGCUGUUAAGCAGAACAGCUUGGUCUCGCCGAUGAGGGAAAACGAGCAGAAAUUUGCAUUUGAGACUAAUGUCAGCAGCCAUCGGGUCGCCAGUACCGGAAACUCGAGCGGUUCCGGCAAUGCGGCUUCCUCUGCCUUGGCGGUGAGGUCUGCCGACCACGCGGCAACGGAGCAGAGUGCCAAGGUAAACCACAUGGCUCAGUUCCACCCGUCGCAACACAGCAGCCUAGUCCGGGCUGGCAAUCACGCCAUGGAGACCAGCAGCACCACCUCAGCUACCUCUGUGUACCAUCUCAUGCCCCCCAUGGCGGCGAGCUUUGGAGCUAUGAUGGGGAUGCCAGGCUUCCAGGGCAUGUACCCGGACCUCACAGCGGCCGCUGCCCAAGCCCACCUGGCCAGCCUGCUGCCAUUUUGCAAUCCGUGGUUCUCCAUGCCCAUGAUGGCGGCUGCCUCUGCUAUCUCCAUGUCGUCGGGGUCUUCGGUCCACCAUCACCGACCUCCGCCACACCAUCACCACUGUCCUAACUGCAACUGUCAAGGAGGCAGUGCGUCGUCCACCAGAGGUGGUCCUAGAAACAGUGAAUACAUGACAGGACCACACAGAUAA